AGAAGCUUCGGAGGGCCGUAGGGUACACAUUGUCUUGUAGCAACGUCUCCCCCGAGGGCUCAGGGACGUUGCAUGUUGUACAGUCAUGUAUUCCGAUGAGUUGAUUUUGUUCUAUUACCCAAAUACCAUUGGCUCCAGAAAGAUGUUACUGGUGUUAUACUCCAGGAGCGUGGCAUUUAUGGCCAGAGUUAUGGAUGUAAAGCAUGGUGAGCAAAUGGAACCUUGGUUCUUGGAGAUGAGCCCUCGGGGGGAGCUGCCAGUACUAAGGCACGGAGACAACGUACUCCUUGACGUCGACAAGAUGAUGACCUACGUUGACAACCUCAGUCCCGGGCAAGAAAACUGCAUGAAAUUAUUUCCAGACAAAAACACAGAACUGGGAAGCAACGUCAUGCGGAUCUUCAAGGAGCUAUCCAAGAUCAAUAUUCCACUUAUCGUAUACGGCACACUCUUCCACCCAGAAAUUUGUACGUCCAGUGCCACAUCGGAUGAAGAGAACAAAAGGAAAGCCGCGAUGGUGAAGCAAGGCAAAUCACAGAUUGUUGAGCUGAUGGAACGCAACCCCGAUUACGCAAAUUCCUAUGUGGAAAAGCAGAAAGCAUACGAAUCUUUCCUAGCGCUCGCCCAAAGUGAUGGUGCAGUAGCCAAAGAGCUGGACGAAGUAGAAAAGGUACUAGAUCUUGCUGAGGAGCUUCUCACGACCAAGAAGAGUCCAGGGACCACCACUCCUGAAGUGACGCAAAUUUGGCUAUUCUCCAUCUACAUUACUGCUGCUGAUGUGUACUUGAUGGUUCUGCUACAUGCUGUAUACAAGGCUUGCCUAUGGGAACGCUACUUCGAAAAGUCUCGGAGAAGAAAGCAGCUGGCCAAGUACUUCAAGAAAAUGAAACAUGACCCAUUGGUCACUAAAGCACUCCCUGGGCUCAUCAAGUAGGCUCAUGUCAGAGAAAACGCCGCCAUUCAAAGAAAGAGUCGACCAGCAAAGCAUGAGGCUUAUCUUGUAAAUGAAAAUACAAAAACCAUGCUGGUUGGCAAAUAUCCAUGUAAAAGGUUAGUACACAUGUACAUCAUCAAGAAAUAUGUCUUUAAAUAAACCACGGAUACACAAGUU